CGCGCCAUCUUGUAGGUUACGUUGGGAGGCGUUUCAGCACAGCCUUCCCGGACACGCCACAAUUGGACAUACAAAUUGUUAGCAAACGACGAAAUAUACUGAUGCUGUGAUAUUUCUAUCCACGGUCGCCCAUCUAUAUCACCUGCGACUCCAUCCACGUUUGAGAAGAAAGGGUUAAAUUCCGCAUUUGCUCGACAUCAUUCAUCAACUGUCCAGUUUCCAACAAAAUGAUAACCAGGAGAAGAGGCAAUUGCAGCACUGCGCUAAAGUCCCUGGACGUUGAAGUGACUGGUGCAGUGAAAACAAUAGAAGCUCACCCAAGUCUCCCGGAGGAAUUUCAAACUGAUGGCUUCGACAGUAUGGGAAUGGAGUUGGAUGACUUUUUCAGAGUCGAAGACUUAGAAUGGACUAAUGAUAGAGAGAGAAGCUCACCAUUCUUUGACAUGGAGCUUGGCGAGCUUUACAGCAGCAAGAAUCAAGAUUCUGGUGCUGAAGUCACAACUGCCUCCUCCCCAGAGAGUGGGUCAUCCUCCACGAAGAUCAGAAAUAAGCAGCGGCAAGCAAGCCAAGUGAUUAACAAAAAUGCAAUCGCUGCGAGGUUGAAUCGUCUCAAAAAGAAAGAAUAUGUUAACAGCCUUGAAAAGAAAGUGGACAUGGUGUCCAAGGAAAAUAACACACUCAAAACCGAAAACUCUCAACUGAUCAAACGAGUGGAAGAAUUGGAAGAUGAGACCAGGUACCUGCGAGCUGUGCUGGCCAAUGAGAGCAUGUUAGCUCAGCUGUUGUCACGGCUGAGCGGUGUGAAUGGCAUGAAAUUAUCCUCCUCGCUUUUCCAGGGCGCCGACUCAAACGAGCACGACUACUCAUUGCCACGGAAACGUGUGAAAGUGGAGGAGAAAGAGACAUCUGGUGGCGUGUGCCUCCACGUGGACAAGAACUAUGUCUCAGUGGAGUUCUGCACUAAGUGUGCAGCGAGUGCAAGCGCAUCACUUAAAAUUUUCUUCUAGGUAAAGGUUGCGCUUCCGUGAUGGAUGAAUGGCUCUCUGAACACCUUAACCUGCUUGACUCCAUGUGGAUUCUGCUGGUGGAGGUUGAAGAGACUGGACAAGCUGCUGCCACCAUGGCCCGUUAUUUUUUUGUUUUGAUUUUUUAAGGUAGUAUCGGUAACAAUGGUAUAUGUCAUUCUCUUUGCCUAUUUGCCACACCUUUUCUAGUCAAGAGUUUCUUUACUGUUUUUUUGCGAGCUCAAUUCAACUGCACUAUCACGUUUUUGAUUUCUGUUGUGGUCAUUGAAAUAUUACAUCCAGAAUCAC